GCGUCCCCGAGCUGGCCGGGCGGCUCGGGAGCGCGCCCCAGAGUUCCACCCUGUCUCCUGCUGCGGCCGGGCUGUGAGCACCGGGGCCCUCGGCUGACGCUGGCUGGAUCAGCCAGGCCCAAGGUGAAGCGAAACAGAUCUGUGCUCCAGUGCUGUGGGACCUGGCGGAGAAAACAAAAAAGCAGAGAUCUAAACACUCUGUUUUUGUUUUUAAGAGGAUUUCAAGAUUUGAAAGAAAUACAGUUUAGAGAGUUCUGAAGACAGAAACUUUGUGAACUCAUAAAACAGAAGACCUGUUUGAAAUGUGGUGGUUUCAGCAAGGCCUCUGUUUUUUCCCUUCUGCCCUUGUAAUUUGGACAUCCACUACUUUCAUAUUUUCCUACAUUACUGCUAUAACUCUCCAUCAUGUCGACCCCUUUUUGCCUUUUAUCAGUGACACAGGAACAAUAGCUCCAGAAAAAUGCUUAUUUGGGGCAAUGCUAAAUAUUUCUGCAGGUUUAUGUAAGUAUUAUUGUGACGUAUUCCUUUUUUCUGCUUCUCAGAAAACAACCAUUUUUGUUGUGCAUGAAACUGGAGCUGUGGUUACAUUCAGCAUGGGCUCGUUGUAUAUGUUUGUUCAGACCAUCCUUUCCUACAAAAUGCAGCCCAAAAUUCACAGUAAACAAAUCUUUUGGAUCCGACUACUGCUGGUGAUCUGGUGUGGAGUGAGUGCAUUGAGCAUGUUGACUAGCUCAGUCAUUUUGUACAGUGGUGAUUUUGGCAUUGAUAUAUAUCAGAAACUCCACUGGAAUUCAGAGGACAAAGGUUAUGUACUUCACUUGGUUACUACAGCAGCAGAAUGGUCUAUGUCAUUUUCCUUCUUGGGCUUUUUUCUGACAUAUGUUCGUGAUUUUCAGAAAAUUUCUUUGCGAGUGGAAGCCAAUUUACAUGGAUUAUCCCUCUAUGACACUGCCCCGUGCCCUGUUGCCAAUGAACGAACACCACUACUUUCCAGAAAUUUUUGAGGAGAGGAUAAAGUAUUUCUGUGGUGAUCAUGAUUCUCAGGGAUUGGGAAAAGGUUAUUGCACUCUGGAAAUUUCAACCACUUAAUUAAGGUAGACAGUGGCAUUGAUGAAUAUUUAUGAUCAGCCAUUUGAUUAAUUAUCUUAAAGGAUAUCAUCAAGCCAGGCUCUGGUGGCUUACAAGGUUGAUAUCUGAGGAUUAUGAUUCAAAGCCUGCAUGGGCAGGAAAAGCCA